GUGAGUCUGUUACAGACUUCCUGCUCAGAGCUGGAUAGGCUGAAACCAGGCUGAAACCUGGCUUAAAAGAGGCAGGGGACACCAGAGGGAUCAGAAGUCUUGGCAGGGCCCAGGGCAGGACGAUGGCCAGUUCAAGCAGCAACCUUGGGAUCAGGAUGUCCCCAGAAGACUACAAACUUAUGUGUGAGAUUGCAGUCAAACGCUUCAAAGAACGUAAGGUUGAGAUUUCAGAUGCAAUAAAAACAUCAUUUCCUUUCCUCGAGACCCUUCGUGACCGUGGACUCAUAACCAAUGAAAUGUAUAAAGAGUCUAAAAAAUCUUGUGAAAACCCGUCAACUGUACCAAAAGUGGUGUAUGCAGUCCUCGAUAACAUGGAGGAGAGAUGUCACCUGCCACUUCUGGAAAUCUUGUUCAGCGAGUUCCUGAUGAAGAACUACCCUGAUUUAAAUGGCAUUUGUGAAGGCUUCAGAGAUGUGAUCCUAAAGGAAAUUUUUCAUGAAGCAAGUACUGGAGAUGAGAGUGCAGAGAACCGUAAUACUCAACUGAGCAUUGAACAAGGAGCUGGUGAAAAUCCAUAUGCAUCCCUGUCCUGGCUCUUCCCGGACCAGUCCAAUUACAACGUGACCAGCAGUGCUGACUCUGCAGAAUGCGGAAACAGAAAAGAGCCUCCCAAAGCUUCCACCUCAGCACUGAAAAGAAAACCAGAGUCUGUGAACUUAACAAAGUCAUCUACACCUGGAAACAGACCUUCCAAAAGAGGUAAGAGCAAAUAA